CAAAGCCUCAAUUGGAUCAAUCGCUUCUAUUUGAUUGGUUUCAACUCUACAUGGGCUGAUGUGAUAACUGUGUCGCCUGGUCGUGAUCCUCAUGAAAUCAUCAGCGAACUGAACAGACUAGCCAAAGUGGCUCCUGCGGAUAGCGGAUGUCGCGUGCAGUUAUGGCAAGGAUUCGAGCAACUGAUUCGAUGGAAGAUAACAGCUGGAUCCUUCGUGGAAGUCUUCCAGACCUCGCCAGACGACAGAAGUGCGCGCGAUCUGACACGUUUCCGUAACAUCUUCCGAAGUAAGUUCCUCAAAAUGAACGGGUUCCUGUUGCACUCGCCAGAGUUCAAACCGAAUGGAUUCGCCUGCGAAGCUUCUCAGCUAGACUACGCUUUGUCGUUCCUGAUGCCAACACUCCCUCUUCAACCGUCGGCCACUGCUAAUAUAUCUCAAGUGAUUCCUUUGCAAUACCAAUCGGCUCUAGUCCAUGUACAACACAGCUCCCAUUGUACACAACCGAUCAAGAUCCACUUUCCCGUCGACGCAUACACGCAAACUAUUCAAAUUUCAGCGUCAGGUCACGGAAAAACCCUUCAUGUCUUUGACCCGAAUGGUAAGGAGGUGGAAGGUUUCAGUUUGGUACAGGACAGGUUCUCUGGAUGGGAUGUCGUUGAGAUACGUAGAGGUACUGCAGUUGAAGCAGCAUCGACUACAUACAGUAGUACAAGUGAUGUCCAUUUCAGACUGUGA